AUGGAAGACGGUGCGCUCUCGUUUGAACAAGCCAAUAGUGUUAUGAACGAGCGCGGAGAAGACUCUGAUGCCGGGGCAUGGAACUGUACUCCAGUCAACACAUCUGCCAAUCCUCGGGAAUAUGUUGACCCUCAUCUUGCGUUAGGCUGCCAAUUUUCAGCCACGGCAAACAAUGAAGAAGCCUCGACCAACCUGCAUAAUGGUUCCAGCGCCUACCAUGAGAACAUUGAUCAACCAUUGCUGAGUGUUGGAGGCUGGUCUUGUGACCUCGCUGCGUUUGACCCAUCAGUGGCCGGGUACGAUGUUCAGCACUUUUUCGAGACUGGCGAAGUCCGGCCAACGAAGUACCCUGAUCCCGAGGAAGGUUACAAGGGGAUUCGGUCUCCUUACUCGGCUUCAAUCUCUGAGGAUAUCAAUCUCCAGUCAAGUAACGCGACUUCAGACUUCGAAUCACGCCGCUUCAAGGAACCCAGGACGGAACGGGCGAGGAAUUCGGAAGUGACCUCGUCACCAGUCGCUCCAAGGGGAAUUGUUGGGCAUCGUCCGAUGAGCCAUGUUUUCUGGGGUUUUACGACUACGAGCAUGUCCACAAAUGCUUUCGCAAGGAAUUUGAAUCAUACAUCGACCGUGCCCGUAACGCAGAGCCCGAUGUCUUCAUUGGAACAUAUUUCAGCUGCUAAAAUCAACUUGUCUGGUGGAACUGCGUCGGCACUGGAGUCUUAUCAGUCCGUAUUUCCACUCGCGGCACCUCAGCUAGGGAUCGUGGCAGCGGGAUCUCAUCUUUCUGCCAGUGCUGCGCAAGUGCGCGCAGCGGGCACGCAAGGACGCAAGAAGAGGGGUAUUACGCCGUAUACAUGGCUUCACGCCUCACAAGCGCUGCCUCUCAACGCGAAUACCCCGUUUAUCUCCCCCUUACAUUCGCACUGCACACCUCCCACUGUCGACCUUUCACUGAUUGGAAGUUAUAAUGUGUCAGCCGUGGAGAUAGUCACAUUUUUUCCAGCCCAUACUCUGUGGCGCGAAGUCAUGUGGCGAUUGUCCAACAAUGGCUGGCAGCCGAACGAAAUUAUUUCCGCUGUGCUGUAUACCCGUCGCAUUACAGACGCUAGUGUUAUCCACCGGACAACCCUCUAUAAACAGCGCAAGGAGACGAACGCAUGGGCGGCUGCACAUGGCCUUAAGGCUGGGCGGGUCACAAAACUUGACAUGCAAGGUAUCUCUCAGGACCGUGGGUCCUACGCACGAAGUGGGGGCGUACACGAUUACAGACUUAGGGAUCUGGCUGAAGGGGUUGUGCACAUGCCCAGAGGCACUGAUCGCCAGAUUCUCACGGCAGCCAUUGAACUCGCUAUCGUUCAAGGGAAACGACGUCCUGUUAAGCCAGUUUCAUGACUAUGUGCAAGCUCAUAGGCAG